GUGUGCGUGUGUGUGUGCAGGUGAGCGUCAGUCGAGGAAGACAGGGACGCACCAACAGCUGCACCCAGUCAAAAAGCUGCCAGAGAUGACUUUAAUACAACCUUUACACUGAUGUGAGCGGAUAGGACGUAAACCCACCAUGGUUUAUUUAGGAGUAUGCUGUGCCAGCCUCAAGGACAACAAAGCCCUGAUGAAGAUGGGGCUGGGGCUGGUGCUGGUGGGCCACGUCAACUUCCUUCUGGGAGCCCUGGUGCACGGCGCUGUGCUCAGGCACAUUACCGUACACUCUCAGGCUCGCACCAUGGUCUACGCCACCUCUAACGUCAUUGCCAUUGUGGCAGGGCUGAUGGGAAUCAUAGGAGGGAUAACGGCCAUUGUGUUGUCCAAAAACAAGAGGAACAGGAUCCUGAUGUGGGUGCUGUUGGUCUUCGGCCUCCUGGCCGGCCUCCUGGCGGUUGCCUCCACCCUGGCCUUGUCUGUUUCUAUUGUAAAAGCCAUAAUUGACAAAGGCAAGGGGCUUUUAACUCACUGCAAGUUUUCUGUUAAAGACGUUGAGUCUUCCAGCAUCACAUACGAAUGCCCCUUUGACCCCACUCGUAUAUAUGCGACAACAAUCAUUCUGUGGGUGCCUCUGAUCUUUAUGUCAGUGGUGGAGACGGUGUUCUCCUUCCGCUGCUUCGCUGCCUGCACCUCAUUCCUCUACCUGUGUCCGUGCAGGAAGAGGCCUGUCCAGGCGAGAAGGGUGCGAAUCCAAAGGGGAAUCGAUUCCCCGACGCCAGCACCAGACCCAAAGAGAGACGUUGAAGCUGAUAAUGAGACUGAUGCUGAAGCGGAGCCAGUGGAGCAGGACGAACUGCUGGACGGCAGCACUGGAGUCGUGCAGAGCGAGUGGCUCUGAACAGUGUUAACCUAAUGACAUAGGUUGUAAACUGCUGGGUUCAUAUGUGAAGAUUUUGUAUUUUACGUCUGUUACACACGGAAUGUCUGAAAAGGACAUUUUUCAGACAAGGAAAUUGUAUUUCCCUCUACAUCAGUUUGUUUAUCUGAUCAAAUACUGUUGAAAUUAUGUAGCUUUGUUUGAUAUAAAAAUAAAUGUCGUCU